AUCAUCCGGAUAAAGGGAAAGAUUAAUGAGGUGGGUGGACUGAACUGGAAGCCUCCACCCAGACCGCCUACCACUCCUCCCCGCCCCAACCAGGAGGUGAUUACUGGCUUCUAAACUGAAGUGGUGCCCAGGUUCCUACAACAGCAGGUGGCAUUCAGACAUCAGCAGAGGCUGUGCUCUUUUGCACAGGGACGGAGGAUCUCCAGACAUCUGUAAAGAAUUGGGAGUCCAGCCACUUUCAGGAACAGCAAAAAGUUCAUGGAGCUGAAGAGUAUGACAGCCCCCAGAGCGGAGGGCUACAGUAACACUAGCUUCCAGAAUGAAGAUAACGUUCCUGAAAAACAAAACACAUCAGAAAACACCUCGAUGAGAAGUAGAGCUGUGCAAAGCAGAGAAUGCAUAAACCCCCACCAGGAUGAAGAGCAAGUCACCAUUGAGGAGGAUUCUCCAAGAAACAAAGAAGACACUGAAGAUGAUCAAGAGAGGCAUCAAAAAGGGUGUCUGGAAAGGAGGUAUGACACAGUGUAUGAUUUUUGUAGGAAACACAAGACCACCCUUCGGUACACCAUCUGGGGCAUCUUAUUAGUAGGUUACCUGGUUAUGGUGACGGCAGCUUGUGUGCUCAACUUUCGAAGGGCGCUUCCCCUUCUCCUGAUCACCGUGGCUGUCACCUUCUUUGUGGUCUGGGAUCACUUUAUGGCCAAAUAUGAGCAGCGAGUGGAUGAGUGCCUGGCUCCUGGCAGACGGCUUCUGAACGGCCAUUGGUUCUGGCUAAAGUGGGUGAUCUGGAGCUUGCUCAUCCUGGGAGUUUUUUUCUGGCUGAUCUUCGACACUGCCAAAUUGGGCCGACAGCAUCUGGUGUCCUUUGGUGGGCUCAUAAUGUACAUUUUCCUGAUAUUUCUAUUUUCUAAGCACCCAACCAAAGUUUACUGGAGACCUGUCUUUUGGGGAAUCGGGUUGCAGUUUUUUCUUGGGCUUUUAAUACUCAGGACUGACCCUGGAUUUAUGGCUUUUGACUGGUUGGGCAACCAAGUUCAGACUUUCUUGGGGUACACUGAUGCUGGCGCUUCAUUUGUCUUCGGUGAGAAAUACACAGACCACUUCUUUGCGUUUAAGGUCCUGCCGAUGGUGAUUUUCUUCAGCACUGUAAUGUCCAUGCUCUACUACCUUGGGCUGAUGCAGUGGAUCAUUAGAAAGGUUGGAUGGCUGAUGCUAGUGACUAUCGGAUCAUCUCCGAUUGAAUCUGUAGUUGCUGCUGGCAAUAUAUUCGUCGGAAUGACAGAGUCUCCACUGCUGGUCCGGCCAUACUUACCGCACAUUACCAAGUCUGAGCUCCAUGCAAUCAUGACCGCUGGGUUUGCUACUAUAGCCGGAAGUGUCUUAGGCGCAUACAUUUCUUUUGGGGUCUCUUCUUCCCACCUGUUAACUGCCUCUGUAAUGUCAGCCCCCGCAUCACUGGCUGUGGCUAAACUCUUCUGGCCUGAGACUGAAACACCUAAAAUAACCCUCAAGAAUGCCAUGAAAAUGGAAAGAGGUGAUUCGAGGAAUCUCCUAGAAGCUGCAUCGCAGGGAGCAUCCUCAUCCAUCUCCCUGGUGGCAAACAUCGCUGUGAAUCUGAUUGCCUUCCUGGCCCUGUUGUCUUUUGUGAAUUCAGCCCUGUCUUGGUUUGGAAACAUGUUUGACUACCCACAACUGAGUUUUGAGAUAAUAUGCUCCUACAUCUUCAUGCCCUUUUCCUUCAUGAUGGGGGUGGACUGGGAAGACAGCUUCAUGGUUGCCAGACUCAUAGGUUAUAAGACAUUCUUCAAUGAAUUUGUGGCUUAUGAGCACCUCUCAAAAUUAAUCAACCUAAGGAAAGAGGCUGGGCCCAAAUUUGUGAAUGGUGUGCAGCAAUAUAUGUCGAUUCGUUCUGAGACAAUUGCCACUUAUGCUCUCUGUGGCUUUGCCAAUUUUGGCUCCCUAGGAAUAGUGAUCGGUGGACUCUCAUCCAUGGCUCCCUCCAGAAAGAGGGACAUCGCCUCCGGGUCAUUGAGAGCUCUGAUUGCAGGGACCAUCGCCUGCUUCAUGACAGCUUGCAUCGCAGGCAUACUCUCCCACAAUCCUGUAGACAUUGAUUGCCAUCACGUUUUAGAGAAUGCCCUCAACUCCAGUUUACCUAGAAACAUGACUAAUGUGGUAUCUUGUUGCCAAAGCCUAUUGAACAGGGAUAGAAGCCAAACAAAUCCAGAAGCCAAACAGGAUUUGAGAGUCAAAACUAAUCCUCUGGUGCCUCUGUCCUUAACUGACAUGAACCAGAAUGUGAGCGAGGAAAUCCAUUUCCUGCGCCAUGUUAUUUUGAAUGUCUCAUGUUCUGCUCAUGUACUGUUUCCAUUUUCUAAGGCUCAGCUAACUUGUUUCAUCCCACUUGCCCUCAGCACUGUUGCCACAGAUCCCAGUGAGGUCAUCCCAGGAGGAAACCACAGCCUGUAUUCUUUGAAGGGAUGCUGCAAAUUGUUGAACCCAUCAACAGUGAACUGCAGUUGGAUCUCUAACGCUUUUUGAGUUCAGCUACUUCUCCAACAGAACUCUAAAUGCAGGUGCUAAUUUUCUGCUUUGGGGAGAAAAAAAAAAGAAACUAUUCUCCACAAAUUGAUACUUCGAUCAUGGAAUCAGCUUUAAUUAGAAAGAAGAAAAAAUUAUCUAUAGCAUCUUCCUCCUCCCUGUCCUCUCCUUUCCAACCCUUUUCCUACUAAGAACUAGUAAGUUGUCUCAAAAUGAUGUAAUGUGUCCAGUCCCCAAAGAGUUUUCUAACUUCAGAAUUUCAGGACAUUUUACCAGAAUACAGGUAGAAAUGAUUCGCAGCAACUGGGCUGUGAUUCAGCCACAUCCAGUUAGUGUGAGUCUCUAAAACUCAGAGUGACUCCUUUAAAAAACAUCUCAGCUAAGGUCACUCUGCAUUCACCCUGGCUGACCUGAAAUAGCUUAAAUUUGAAUCUCUUCUGGAAAUGACCAGUCAUCAAUCACCCAUUCAUCACCUACCCUGAGGAAGUCCUGUAGAAAUUAGGAGCCCUUUGGAAGAGCUUUAGACCAUUCCAAAACCAGGUUUGAAAUCCUAUAUGCUUAGAUUUAUACCACUCAGCUUAAACUAAACUAUGCUGCAGUAACAAGUAAGCCAAAAACCUUCAUGGGGAUGGCUUACAAGUCUAUUUUUCACUCUUAUUGUAUGCUUAUUGGGGGUCAAUUUUGGCUACAUGCCAUGCUGUGUUCAUUUCCAGGACCCAGGCUAAAGGAGCAGCCACUGUGGGGCAUGUUAUUUUUAUGGCAGAGGGAAAAGAAAGCUGGGGACCACAUGUGGCUCCUGGAACUUCUGCUAGGAAGUGAGACCCUGCACUUGCACUGCAUCCCAUUAUCCAAAGCUGGUCAGUGAUAAGCAUAUUGUCAAUGGUUAUGGAAAAAUUAUCCUGUCGUAGGAAGGGAUAGUGAGUAUUUUGAAGAAAUAAUAUACCAUAUCGGUGCAUGAUAUCCAAGUCCCUCUUCAAGGAGUCAGUGUAUUAUAGGGCAUAACUGUAAAACUAUUCACAUGCAAAUUUGUUCAUGUUCCUGGUGACUACACUGGAAAAUGGCACCACUCUUGUCAAAAAGCUAUGUAAGGAUCAUUUGAGCAAGAAAAAUAGAUCCUGGUUGAGAUCUGAAGCCCUUCCAUUGAUGAGGAAAGCAUCAUCAAACUUGCUUAAUGGGUAUCAAACAAGAACUUCAAUGGGUUCUGAGAGCAAACAAGAACUGUAUUGGGUUGCUCUUUAAUGAAAUUCUCAUCACCAAUGUUCUUAAUAGUAUGAAGACCACAUUGUGUAAGAAAAACACAAAUACCAAUGACUGAAUCAAAAGGUGACUCACAAGAAAGAAAAAAUGUGAAAAGGUUUUAGAAUACCUUAAGUAAUUUAUUUUAUUUAUGUUUUCCUUUUUUGUUCAUGCAAAAGAGUAUUUUUUUAAUCCACAUGUAAAUAGCUGAUUUUUGUGUCUGUGUGAUGAUAAUGGUGGUGAAGGUGGGAGCUAAAUGCCCAAAGAACUCUUAUCUCUGAAGUACAAUACACUAGGCUAUUUCUAAUUAUUGAUCAUUUGUAUCAAGUUUUUCUUGGAAUUCAAUAUGCCCUUUCAUUUAGAUUUUAUUUUAGAAAAAUAUAUUCACAUGUCUUUUCCCUCUGUUGUCUAUGUUCUUGGGUCAACCUUCAUAAAAGCCUACAUACAUCAGGUGUGUCAAUUAUUCCUAUGUUGAUUCUCCUAUGUUUGCUAUGGCUAUUAUUUUUCUCUCUCUGUUUCCUCCUUUUAAAUCUUCACAUUUUUCUGUUGUUUUAUUCCUGAGAAUCUCUUUGCUGCUCUAGUGUCCCUAUCUGGCCAACUGAUUUUUAAAUUCUGUCUGUUGCCAUUACUAUUCCUUGGAAAUAUAACUCUUCUACGAGCUCUUUUAUUUCAAGGAACUUAAUAAUUCUGCCCUGUUUUUUAAGUUUUCUUCUUCAAAAUACAAAAAGUAAUAUCCAUUUGUAAUAAAAAGUGACAAAUACACACUACCCCCUUUCUCUCCACUCUGUUUACCCCAACUCACUUCCUAGUACCACACCCUUGAGAUUAUUAUUGUCAAUUAACUAACACACACACCUUUCUCUAAACAAUAUAUAAGAAUGGGGACAGGGAGAGAUUUAUGGUUCUUACACAAAUAGGGUGAGUCCAUUUACAUAUCACCUUCAACUUCUUUGCCCUUGGACAUUCCUACAAGUCAUUAUAUAUAUCUCCAGCUCUAACCUUCCCUUCUGGCAAGCAUGUGUGUUUGUGUGUGUAACAGCUUAAUGAGAUAAUACACAUGCUGGAAGAGGGAGGGAGUUAAACAUUUUAUUUUCUUUCUACUUGCUUCCCUCCUCUUCUCUGCCCCUGGCCCGCCACAUACAGGUGAUCCAGGUUAAAGGGCCUCAUGUAUAGCUUUUUGUACUUUUUUCCAUGUUCAAGUCCCAUCUUACAAACAUAUCCAUCUAUUGAUGACUGGGAUUGGUAGCUUUACAAUACUGGUAUUGCCAACAUUUCUAUGCAGUUUACUUUUCUUGUACAACAAUACUUUGUGCUUAUUCAGGUACACUGCCAAAACUUUAUUCUUUUCAAAGGCUUCAUAAUAGCUCAUGACAUGUUACGUGUAUGUACUAACCAUUCCUCUAUGUACAUGCAUUCCUUUUCCAGUUUUGUUUUGUUUUUAUAGUACCUGCCCACUGACUUGACAUCUCACCUAUUUACAUACCUAUGGCAGUGCUAUCUGAUAGAAACACUAUCAAGUUGCAAGUUAUUUAAAAUUUUCUAGUAGCCACUUUAAAAAGGUAAAAAAAGAACUGGAAAAUUUUUAAUAAUAUAUUUAACCCAAUAUAUCUAAGAUAUCAUUUCAAGAUAUUUCACAUUCUUUUUACUGAAUAAAGUCUUACUAAAA